UUUUUUCAUUCAACUUAACUAAAAAAGGAAUCCGCAGUCUUCCCUUUUAGCACAUUUCCUGUAAAAAAAAGUUCACAGUAACAAAGACAGAGAAGAUUUUGAGGAGUUACCAUAAUAUUCAAAGAGGAUGAUGCCAGGAAAAUGCACUUUAUCUAUUAAGCAUUUUCACAUCCCACCACAUAAUUAGGCUUUCAGAUCACUGCAGUAAUGAUCCACGACAACAACUGAGCUGCCACUUGUUCUCUACAGCAGAGAAGAAGGGUUGAUGAUGACAUCAGACUUAAUGCUGCUGUAGAAGACAGACCAGACCCACUUCCAGAUAACUGAGCGUAUAAAGAAGCAACCACCUGCAGCACAUCCUCCUCCCACUACCUCGUGAUAUCUGGCAGACGAGUUACAGAGGCAGAGGAGACACAGUCAAGCAGCGCUGCUGUUCAAACAUCUACCAGGAAAGAAGAUCAACAGUAAGAGUGACUGGAAACAACAUUUUAACAGCAGACAGGACAUCAAUGCAGCUACAGCUGCCACCACAGAUAAACCAAAUGAAUCUGACAGACAGCGCAGAGAGCAACUCUACAGAAUGUCCCUCCAUUGAUGACUUUCGUAACCAGGUGUACUCCACCUCCUACUCCAUCAUCACAGUGUUGGGCCUGGUUGGGAACGGCUUCGCCCUGGUGGUCCUGCUCAGAACCUACCGUCAGGGGUCACCAUUUCACAUCUACAUGCUGAACCUGGCUGUGUCUGAUCUGCUAUGUGUGAUGACGCUGCCUCUGCGAGUCCUCUACUAUGUGAACAAGGGCCAGUGGAACCAUGGAGAUUUCCUGUGUCGCAUCAGCUCCUACGCACUCUAUGUUAACCUCUACUGCAGCAUUUAUUUCAUGGCUGCUAUGUCUUUCACACGCUUCUUGGCCAUUGUCUUCCCUGUUCAAAACCUGCAGCUGGCGUCAGAGAACCGUGCUCGCCUGGUGUGUGUGGGCGUCUGGGUGUUUAUCUGUCUUUCAUCUUCACCCUUCCUGAUGUCUGGCCAACAUUUUGACUCCUUCACAAAUAAAACAAAGUGCUUUGAGCCGCCACGAGGCAACGAAAUUCAAAAAAUUGUCAUUUUGAACUAUUUGUCUCUGAUGAUGGGCUUUGUCCUGCCCUUUCUGGUCAUACUGCUUUGCUAUGCUGGCAUAAUUCGCACCCUGCUGUUCCGCACCCAUGCUGCCAGACAGCAACAGGGCACAGCUACCAAAGCCAUCCGAAUGAUUGUCAUCGUCCUGCUAACCUUUCUAGUGAGCUUCAUGCCGUACCAUGUGCAGCGCAGCAUUCACCUGACCUUUCUGUCCCGGAAAGACGCCACCUGCUCAGAGCAGGUUGCCAUGCACAAGUCUGUUGUGGUGACGCUGUGCCUAGCCGCUGCCAAUUCAUGCUUUGACCCGCUGCUUUACUUUUUCUCUGGUGAGGGUUUCCGCAGACGUUUGUCCUCCAUGCGCAGGCAAGCAAGGAACAGCACGAUGCACCGCUCAGAACGACCAAAAGCCAUUGCAGACUCAGAGCCUAGACAAACCUUCCAGCUGGAGGACGGUUAAUCAGUAUGUGAUGAAGAUCCUCAUUAAGAGGGAAGGAUUUGGAAGAAACAAUUGAAGAUUUGGUUGGUUUACUAUGGAA